AUGGCCAACAUCGAUCAAGACCUUUGGGUUCCAGGCAACUUGACCUGGGACCAGCUAAACUUCCAUAACAACUGCACUGCAUGGGGUCAAUGGCUCGGAGCAUUGGUACAACCUGACCCUUGGGACCCAAGUUCGACACGCGGAAUGAGCAUGGAACUCUCGAUGAUACUCUUUCUCAACUCCAUACCCGAUAAUUCCAGUAACUAUACCAGUCUGACUACGUGGUACGCCGAUGUAUCUUCUUUCUUCGCCUACAACAUGAUGCACACUCCUAUUCCCAACGCCACCUCCCCCAAAUAUUAUCAGUUUAGCCAGCGAUUCAACGAUACCAUUCUUUGGGGCCCGAAAGAAAAGUGCGAGGCCGAUUUUUGCAAAGCUGUCGGAUAUACAGGGAGUCAGGAUCUAUGUGGUAUUGGAGUAGUGGUGUCCUAUUUCCUCGAAGCGCUUCUAGGGACGAUAUAUCUCAUCGCCUUCACCGUCCACCAGUCGAUCCGAUACAUCAACAGAAAUACGUACAAGAAAAAGAGACAAGCUGGCCAACCACAGACUAUCAGCGAACGAAUCCUUGACUCUUUCCGCGGCUCCUUGGACAUGUUCCUAAGCGGCGCUAUGCUGAUUGCCGUCGCCAUGCUGGGGGCGGCGCUGUAUUCCAGUAUCACCAACAAAGAGGAGAGAGAAAAGGUCAAUCCGGAUCUGCCUUCAGGCGAAGCCGUCUAUGAAAUGGCGCUCUCCCUGAUUGCCUCCAACUUCUCGGUAUUCCCAGUCAUGCUACUCUAUGCUUUAGUAAAGCAUGACGGCCAUCGGAAGUGGCUUCAUCGCGCUGUGUUGUUCAUUCUUUGGGGCCUGAGCGCAUCCGUAGUCUAUAUGGCGCCGAGAGCUGAGGUGGACUAUGCGGAGCGCAAGAGUGGCCACGAGAACUUUGACUGCGACCAGCGCGGCUCGCAAUACUGGCACGUUGUCAAGGCGACCCAAUUCCUUGUCAUAGGGAUGCCUCUACUCUGGCUUGUCAUCACCAUAUUCCUGACCACAGGCUUCAAGAUCCCUGGCUUGGUCGACAAGCCCUGGGUCAAGACAUGGAGGUCAAUAUGGCGCCUUCUGAUUGCGUGGAUCAACCUAUUUCUCAUGUGGGGCAUUCUCGCCUACUUCACGCACUUCAGACAGAAGAUCAUUGAUGCGGCGGGUGGUCUCGACAAGAACGAUAAGUGGACAUUUGGUCAGGUACUUGCCUUAGCUGCCUGGGUUCCAGUCGUUGCAGAGCUGUUCUACAUCUUGGCUUUUGGCCUGGAAGACAGUCUGUCAGGACAUAUGCCCUCAGACUACCACGCUUCGCUUGUCGGAAACACUGCCCAGGUUGACCCAAGUCAGGAGAGACCUUUACUUCAUAGGGAUUCGACCUACGAUAUGCGACAUACUUCAGUCUACAGCCAAGCGUCGAUGUAUGAUCUCAAACAAACUUCCACAAAUGCCUCGUCUGCCACAACUCUCGCUUCUCCACCCGCAUCAACACCUUCGAAUCAAAUGGCGUGGCACGACCCAAACUACCAACCAUUUCAACAACAACACACAACAAAUGCCCAGAGGCAUCAGAGCUGGGAUCCCUAUUACCAUACUGGCUGGUAG